AUGGCUGAAAAAAGGAAAUUGUUGAAUGAAAUUGAUAAGUGUUACAAAAAGAUUGAGGAAGGCUUUGAAAUUUUUGAUGAUAUAAUGGCCAAAAUGACAGAAGCAAAUAGUGAAAAUCAACGGGAAAAGUUUCAAGAUGACCUCAAAAAGGAAAUUAAAAAGCUCCAAAGGCUAAGAGACCAGAUCAAAGGAUGGCAAAAUUCCUCGGAAAUAAAGGAUAAAGAUUCUCUGUCUAAAUUUCGAAAGUUGAUAGAACAAAGGAUGGAAAUCUUCAAAGACGUUGAAAGGGAGAACAAAAUGAAACCUCAUAGCAAACAAGGUUUAACUGCUGAAGACAAACUUGACCCGAAAGAAAAAGAAAAAUGUGAUACAAUUGAGUGGCUGAAUUGUCAAAUUCGUAGAAUUCAAGAUGAAAUUGACAGGACUGAAUCUAAACUUGAAACUCUUUCAUCUUCUGCUGACACCGGAAAGAAAAGGGGUAAAAAAGAGGAUGCCAAAAAGAACGAAAAAGAGGAUGUAAAUGGAAAAUUGAAGGAACCUUUGGAGAUGUACAUUGACGCGUUGGACCCAGAAAAUGAUGAUGAUCCGGAAAGUUUGGACCCAGAAGACAUUUACGAGGAGCUUAAUUUUAGUACUUAUUUGUCGCAACUUGGAGGAAUUUCAACAAAUAGCGUUGAUGACGAAAAAGGACCAAAUAAUGAUACUGGAAGUCACAAAUCCUCGAGUCCAUCUCCCGAUUAUUGGUCUAAACAUCAAAAUGGCGGAGAACUGGACACUUCUUCUCAUGAAAAAUCGCCAUAUGUCGGGAAUGUGAGUACGCGUUCUACUUCCGAAUCAGCCUCUUCACAUCGUUCGGCAGUAAGCGGUGGUGGUGCUUCUUCCGUCACUUCACUAAAACUUACUCGGUUAGGAAGUCAGGUCAGCAAUUCUAGUUCUGUUUCAUCUCCAUUGCCUCAAACACCGCCUGCUAUCCCAGGGAUUCCUUAUAAUUCGGUUGCCGCGGGAAAAAUGCAUACACCACCAGUUCAAUCAACUGCAGCAAUGGCAAUACAUCCAAUGCAUCAAGCAGUAACAAAUACUGCUUCAACACCAACUGCGUCAACAUCAGCAAAUAUUUUAGCUUCUCCAAAAACAACAUUGCCGUCACCAUCAGCCGUAGAAAAUACUUCAAGUAAUGUUAUUGUCCAACAACAACAACCUCCAUCAACCAUCCAAGCACCCCCAACAGUUUCACCUGUAGCUGAACUAAAAGAAGAAAAUGCUGUUUCCUCCUCAGGAAUGGCAUCAACAACCUUAAUAAGGACUCGAUCCUCUUCUGUCACAUCAUCUACAGCAACAUCUUUACAUGAAGAGACAAGUCAAUUUUCUACUGUUGUAGGAGGAGGAAAUUUGACGUCAUCACCAAUAACUUCAAAAGCUCCUUUACCUUUAAGAUUCAAUUCUUCAGCUGCUGCUGGAGGAGGAGCAACAACAUCUUCAUCAUCAAAUCCAUCGCCAUUCUCAUUGCCAACAUUCAUGUCGGCGGCAUCUUCUGCUCCUCUGUCAACAACAACACCAGCAGGGAGAACAAGCGAUUUAUCGACGCCUUCAAGAAAUUCUGAACAACACCAAGAAAGUCAACAUUCGUCAAAUGAUGUUGGAAAUAAUAUAGCUGAUACUACUGAAUUUAAUGGAAAAGUUGCAAAUCUGCUUUAUAAUUCUUCAUUUGGUAGUCCAAUGAUUACACAACAAAAGAGUAGAGAACCUCAAGAGGCUGUUAUCCAACCAUGGUUAGGUGCUUCUCCUCUUGGGAUGGCUCCAAUAAACGAAGAAUUGAGUUUCCAACUGCAAAUGUUAGACGCAACACAGCAACGUUGCCCUCUUCAAAUGGACUCGGAAAAGCCUAGAAGUUAUCUGCCAAAAAUGCCCUGUUCAACACCACCUUACUAUCCUCAGGCACCUUUACCAAAUGCAGAUAGCCUUGAAUAUUAUCUUCGACUUUCUGUUGAAACUCUUUUCUUUACGUUUUAUUAUAUGGAGGGUUCACGUGCACAAUUAUUAGCUGCAAAGGCAUUAAAAAAGCUUUCGUGGAGGUUUCAUACAAAAUAUUUGAUGUGGUUUCAAAGACAUGAAGAGCCUAAACAAAUAACUGAUGAUUACGAACAGGGAACCUAUGUUUAUUUUGACUUUGAAAAAUGGGUACAACGGAAAAAAGAGCAAUUCACAUUUGAGUAUAAAUACUUGGAAGAUAAAGAUUUUGAAUAA